GUAUUGAUGUUAUUAUCUGUGAUAUUGCUCAGUGUUUAUGCGACGGAACAAGCAUACUUUUCGCAAAAAGAUUUCAUUAGCCAAAUCAAUGAAGAAGCAACUACAUGGAAGGCAGGCGUGAACUUCGAUCCAAAUAUGCUAAAGGAACAUUUUUUAAAACUUUUGGGAUCUAAAGGAGAAGAAAUUCCAAACAAAAUUAAUCAUAAAAUGUACAAGGUCGAUGACAAAGCUUACGACAAAUUAUCCAGGAGAAUUCCAAGGCAAUUCGACGCUAGUGAAAAAUGGCGAAAUUGUAAGACAAUUGGAGAAGUUCGUGACAAAGAAAAUUGUGGAUGGUGUUGGGCAAUGGCAACGAGCUCGGCGUUUGCCGACCGUUUGUGUGUGGCUACAAACGGAGAUUUCAAUAAUUUUUUAUCCGACGUAGAAAUCACUUUCUGUUGUCAUACGUGUGGUUUCGGAUGUUAUGGUGGUUAUCCGAUAAGGGCUUGGAAACAUAUUAAGACACACGGUUUAGUAACCGGAGGAAAUUACAAAUCCGAAGAGGGUUGUGAACCAUACCGAGUGCCGCCUUGUCCUUACGACGAAGAAGGAAAUAAUACGUGUGCAGAUCAACCAAUGGAAUCAAAUCAUAGAUGCACAACAACGUGUUACAGAGAUCAGGACCUCGAUUACGACCAAGAUCACAGAUAUACACGUAACUACUACCACCUAACUUACGGCAGCAUUCAAAAAGACGUAAUGACUUACGGGCCAAUUGAAGCAUCGUUUGAUGUAUACGACGAUUUUCCCAGUGACGAGUCAGGCGCUUACGAGAGAUCGGAAAAUGCCUCAUAUUUAGUUGGACAUGCUGUAAAAUUGAUUGGUUGUGGUGAAGAAUACGGAGUACCAUAUUGGUUGAUGAUGAACUCAUGGAACGAAGAUUUAGGCGACCAAGGCUUAUUCAAAAUUCGACGGGGCACAAACGAAUGUGGAGUCGAUAAUUCGACAAUUGCUGGAGUACCAACUAAUAAAUUGUCAGUUCACUCUAAUGUCAAAACUAACAGCACAAUGCACGAUAUUGAAAAUUGUGAACGAAAAUUUGGUAUGUCGCACGUAUGUAAGACGGAGAUAACACAUGCGGGUUCUAUGUCCUCUUAG